UCCUUUUGGGGCUCACUCAGAGUCUCCAGGGUCAGAAGGUAUUAUUUGUUGUGUUCUUGCUCAUCUACAUUGUGACAAUGGUGGGCAACCUCCUCAUUAUCAUGACUGUGGGGGUCAGCCCAACACUGGAUGCUCCUAUGUACUUCUUUCUUGGCUACUUAUCAUUUAUGGAUGCUGUUUAUUCUACUACAGUUACCCCAAAUAUGAUUAUAGACUUAAUCUAUGAGAAGAAAACCAUCUCUUUCCAAGAUUGCCUGACCCAGCUUUUUGCAGAACACUUAUUUGGUGGUUCUGAGAUUUUACUUCUGGUGGUCAUGGCCUAUGAUCACCACGUGACUAUCUGCAAACCCCUGCAUUAUAUGAUGAUCAUGAACCAAAGGGUGCGUGUUUUGCUGCUGCUGGUGACCUGGGUCGGAGGUUUUGUGCAUGGUAUAGCUCACCUUCUCUUUGUUUACAGUCUUCCCUUCUGUGGUCCCAAUGUUAUUGACCACUUUUGCUGUGACAUGUAUCCAUUAUUAAAGCUUGCCUGCACUGACACCUAUGUCAUUGGUCUCACUGUGAUUGUCAAUGAUGGGGUAAUAUGUGUGGUUAUCUUUAUGCUGUUACUCAUCUCCUACGGAGUCAUUAUGCACUCCCUGAAGAAUCUUAGUCAGAAAGGGAGGCACAAAGCUUUACCCGCCUGUGGCUCCCACAUCACUGUGGUGGUCCUCUUCUUUGUCCCUGGUAUUUUUCUGUAUGUGAAACCUCCUUCCACCUUACCCAUUGAUAAAUUCUUGACGGUGUUUUGCACUGUUUUCACACCUAUGUUUAAUCCUUUAAUCUAUACUUUGAGAAAUUCAGAGAUGAAAAAUGCCGUGAAGAAGCUUUGGACAAGAAAAAGAAAAUGA